AUGUACGAAAAUCUUAACCUUGAGCGACAGGGAAAUGUCUUCAUCCUUACUCUACAGAAGCCACCUGAGAACCGUCUCACAUCACAAUUCUGUCAAGAAAUAAUUCGGGCUCUGAACGAUGUUAGAAAAGAUAUAGGUGCCGACGCACCUGGCGCUGUCAUUAUUCGUGGUAAUGAUGCCAAGUUCUUCUGCACGGGAUUGGAUCUCUAUGAACGAGACACAAACCCAUACGCCAGUUCCGAGGGAUUUUAUCCACUUGUUGCAACUCUCUUGGAUUACCCGUUCCCCACUAUCUGCCUCAUUACAGGACACACUUUUGGAGGUGCAUCAGUAUUGUCAUUGGCACACGACUAUCGCAUCAUGAAUGCUACCCGUGGGUACUGGUGUAUGCCUGUAGCAGAGCUCGGCCUCCAUUUCGAUGGAAUGGGCGCUUUGUUGAGAGCCAAGCUGCGACCACAGACAGCCAGGAAGGUCAUCCUGCAGGGUCACAAGUUCACUUCAAGUGAGGCAUUGGAGGAUGGUGUUGUGGAUGAGAUUGCUCCGCCGGAGGAGAUGCUGGAUCGUGCAAUGCAGCUUGCCAACAAGGUCAAGUCCAAGGCAAAGCUGGGAGUCUACGGAUUACUGAGGGGAGAGCUUUAUGGCGAGGCAUUGAGGGCGUUCCAGCAGAUUAGUUAUGUUCAUUCUCGCCUCAAUUCACGCCAGGCAAAGGUGAAGCUAUAG